CUUCCUUCCUGUCACCAGGUUCGUUAACGUCUGAUGAAGUUAAAUUUGUGUUCUGCUAUGUGUAAUGUUCACGUAAUCACGUCUUCGAAAUAACCAGAAUCUAUAAUGAAGUAGAACGGCAUAUUUAAUCAGAGGAAUUUGGGGAAAUAGUUCAACAAGGACAAAUCAUUAAACGAAAGUGAGCGAGACUGGAUGUGACGUCAACAGCAACACCUAAGAUGGGCGCAGAGAAUAUACGCGGAAAGUAAAUUUAGGAGAGUAAACUUUUUUAUUUAAGCUUAUUUCAGAAGUGAUAUUAAAAUAGGGGGUAUAGAGUUGUCUUAUCGUUACUAUUAUAUUUCCUCCACCGCUUCUUUCCAAGAAUUGUUGCAGGCUCUCCGCAUGUCGUGAGGUGACAGAUGACGAGCGGAGAAGGGCGUUGUUGUGCGCGCGCUGCGUUACAAGCUACUCGCCGAACAAGACGGGCGGGCACCUCUUGCGAAAUAACCGAUACCUCGUGCCUUUGCUGCGCAGCCAAGAGCCGCUUGUGUGUUUAGGCAGGAGCGAACAUUCCGUGUAAAGUGCUGCUGCUGCUGCGUUUCGAACAUUGAGAGCCGCUGUCCAGCGCAGCUCUGCAGCCAUGGCGCCCCCCUUCCACAGCGUACUGUAGCGACGAAAAUCUCAGUGUCCGACCAAUAUGACCACAUUGUCAGCCACCUCCCAGUAUCCAGGAGCCAAUUCAGCAUGCAGAUUACUGCCAGGAGAUGGGACACAGCAGGUUCAGCCGAAGGCACCUCUGCUUCAGCUUUUGCGUGUGGCUGGGGCCCAGGAGGAAACCUUCACACUGAAGGAGGUGAUGCACUACUUGGGCCAGUACAUCAUGGGGAAACAGUUAUACGACAAGCAACGGCAGCACAUUGUGCACUGCCAGGAUGACCCCCUUGGAGAGCUACUGGAGGUAGAGAGCUUCUCUGUCAAAAACCCCAGUCCAGUUUAUGAAAUGCUGAAAAAAAAUCUCAUCAUCCUGAAUAGUACAGACGCUGCAAAGACUCUUUCUGUCGGCAAGGAUUGUAAUGAGCCUGCGAGUGAAGAUCCUGGUCAGGCCUCCAGUGGCCCAUCCAAGCCGUAUCAGUCUCCAACCACUGCUGGGGCAAGCACUUCUGCUACGUCGGCUACCUCACAACGUCGGCAGAGGGAGCCAGAUGGAGAAUCACUUGAUGGAGUUCCUAGGUCUGCAUGCAAGCGGCCUAAGCUGGAUGUUAAUUUGGAGGAGUGGGAUCUGUCUGGGUUGCCCUGGUGGUUUCUGGGUAAUCUUCGCAGCAACUAUGGGCGAAAGAGUAAUGGCUCUACAGACAUCCACACCAAUCAAGACGAGGACACUGCCAUUGUGUCGGACACAACCGAUGACCUCUGGUUCCUGAAUGAAGCAGAGAGUGAGCAAGUGAGCGUGGAGAUGAAGGAGGCAGCACUGGAGCAAGGCAGUGAUUGGGAGCUGCAGGAGGAGGAGGAGGGAGUCAAGGCUGAAAGGGAGGAUAAGGAGAUGCUUGAGGAGCUGGAUGAGGAUUCACAGUGCUUGAGCGAUGACACAGAUACUGAGAUCUCCAUUCAGGAUGCAUGGCAGUGCACCGAGUGCCGCAAAUACAACUCUCCGCUGCAGCGCUACUGUGUCCGCUGCUGGGCACUGCGUCGGGACUGGUACAAGGACUGCCCCCGUCCUGCCCAUUCUGUCUCCCUCCUUGACCUUCCUAGCACCAUAAAGGGUCCAGGAAAAAAUGAGUGUGGUGAUGGUGUAGAUGUGCCUGACUGCCAGCGCACUGUCUCUGACCCUGUGGUACUCCCUUCCCAUAACUCCUUUGACCGUCGGCUCCCCUUGGGCAAAGGAAAGGCCCGCUUGGUGCCCUCAAGCAGUUUGCAACGAGGAGGCUCGGAGGGUCCCGAGAGUUCCGAGGGAGACAGCCAGGACACGUUAGACAUGGAAACGGAUGAGCGGCCAGAGGCACUGCUGGAGCCUUGCAGGCUGUGCCGUGUCCGGCCGCGGAAUGGCAACAUUAUCCAUGGGCGGACUGCACAUCUACUUACCUGCUUCUCAUGUGCUCGCAAGCUGCAUAAAUUCCAAGCCCCCUGCCCUGGUUGUGGCCAGAUCAUCCAGAAGGUCAUUAAGACCUUCAUUGCAUAGCAGUGAUUUCACUGAGUGCCAGACAUGCCUUUAUCCAUGUUAAUUUUGUAGAAAAGCUGCCAGAGGGUACACGGUGAUCUGUGUUGCACUUGAAUGCAAUCACAGCCCUUGUUCAUAUGUCAUCCCUGACAUAGAAGAAAACAUAAUUUAAAAGAUCAGAGCUAUUUAUUUAUUUAUUUAUUCAUUCUUUUUUUCCUCUUUUGGACAACAUCUUCAUGUCUUUGCAGCUUUUCUUGUCUGUGUGUAUAGUACUAAAUGAAUGUAACACUGGAAAUGCAUUCAACAACAUGAUUUAUUUUGAUCCUUUUCUCUCAACCAUACAUUGGCUAAAAACAGGGUGUCUGAGAACUUGUAUUUACAUGCAUGAACAAGUAGCUGUGCCAUAAAUUAAUCUGUUUUGCCUUCUUAGUCUAUCCCCAUGCAUAAUAACAAUUUGUAACAUUUAGCAUUUUAAGUUUGUUUCCAGUUCCCAAACUCAUUGACUUAACAUUUUUCAGUCAUUGGUGAUUUAGUUUAAAUUUAAUUUCUUAUGUAAUAGACUGCAGAUUUAACGAUUUUUCUGUUUGUCGCAACCUUUUCUGUGUUAUCAUUCCUGCUGUGUUGGCAGUCUGAAGAAGUUUUGUCAUAUUUUGGGAUUUUUUUUGGGUCCUUAAUUUCAGUGUUAGUGUGGAAAUUGGUGAAAGAGUUAUGUUGGACCAAAGCAGUCUUAUUAAAGGUUCCUUACAAAUAUUCGGAACUGUACAGAGGCAGGAAGAUGGACUUUGCUUUGUGCUCUCCGGAAUUAAAAAUUCUUCUGAAAAGGCAGCUGCAGAGAAUUUAGAUUUCUUUUUCUGUGUUGUCUCAUUUACCUGUGCCCACAAAAUCAUUGUUAAUGAAUGGGGAGUGUCUGGAGUUUUAAAGUUUGGUCCAGUGUUGACCUACAGCAGGUGUUUUUCAAGAAAGCAGCAGUCAGCCAGGUGCCAGUAAAGAGAAAGGUUCAUUUGCAAUAGCCUAUGAUGAAAUUGUCUGCUUUGCUGAUGUGCUCUUUGGCUUUUUGGAAACCCUUCAUUGGAAGUAACUGUCUUUGCAGGAAGCAGCAGAUUGUGGAGCUGCAGCACUGAUACCAUUAAGUCAUUUAAACAGCCCUAGCCUCCUCACUUGCCACUUAAGGCAGAGUCCUGGCUUAUUGCGUCCUUUGGUGCACACCCAGAAGACGGUAAAGUUUUGUAAGUGGCACUGUGAACUGGCUGUGAGCGCAACCAGUGUGGCAAUGUGCUCACCGUACUCCUUACACAGCAGUAUAGUCCCGCCUGACCUCAUAGCCGGACCUCUAUCUUUUUACGUAGAUUGACUUUGUUUCAACAGUUUCUAGUUUUAAUAUACUGCCAAAUUUGUGUUAUUUGUAAAAUCAUAAAUCUGUGGCUUGCGCUGUUUUGUCCUUUUUUCUGCUAGCAGCACUUACAGCUUGCAUAUUGCAGUAGGAGUUUAAAACACAAGAUAAACACAGUCUCUCUCCACAUGACUAAGUAUUUCUUGUUUUAAUGUAAAACGUUGCAGUUCCAUCUGCUCAUUGGAUCAAGUGGUGGUCAGUUUACAUACUCCUGUAAUGCUUUUCUGUUUGUAAGCAAGGCACGUACAGACUAAAGCCACUUCAUGCAUAUGCUUUUGAAAGCCUUGAUUUUGAUUGUUGUGACUGCAGUAAUUCAUGAAUAACAAUGAAAACAAUGUCCUCACAUUUGUUUUCCAUCAAAAAUAAUGCACUAUCUUGUCCCCUAGGUGGCAUUAUGGUUGCUGACAUUCUUGUUUGUUUGAAAUGGAAUUUUGGAUAUUCUGAUUUGAGGUGCUGUUUGAUUAUAUUUAAAGCAAAAGUAACACAUUGAGCUAAUGUGGAAAUGGGUGCGUUGGGAAAGUGUUGUGAGACCAAUAUGAUUUGCAUUUGUCAGGAUAACUGUCAGCUUUUAACCUCCUGGCUGCUGCAGCAUAAUGGUAAGCUUUUCCAUUCCAUUGUUUUCUUUAAUGUGACACAUUUUCUGUCACUUGGUGUAAGACAAACGAGAAGAAAGGUGGAUGUGAUAUGCUCAACACUGCCAUUUUUUUUUUUUUUUUUUUUUUUUUUUUUUAAAUUGGCUUCUUUCAGUGUGUAUCUUGAAGUGUGCUUUUGUUAAAGUAGGUGCUAUAUGAAAUAUUACAAUAAAGU